AUGACGGAACCUCCCGAUGCGAGAAGACAGGAUAAACGGUGUGAGUAUCAUAAAGAUCAUGGUCACGACACCAAUAGUUGUUAUGCAUUGAAAGAUCACCUUGAAGAAUUGGUGCAAGACGGCCGUCUCAUGCAACAUGUCCGAAAGAACAAUUCAACAAACAUAGUAGCUCUACGGCCAGAGUCACCUCCUCUUGGUGUAAUUCAUAUGGUAUACAGCAUGCCGGCAUCACUCGAGGUGCAUACAGUCCAGUUGUCAUCUGGCUCCCAUAGCCCAAUGACACCAAUGAAACAGCCCCACGACACUGGAAGAAUCAGUUUCGAUGACAGUGAUUUAAUUGAAGUGACGCAUCCCCACAUCGACCCCUUUGUCAUCGAGCCACGGAUAAACAAAUUCACCAUUGAGCGUGUUCUCAUUGACCAGGGCAGCACUUUGGAACUAAUGUAUUACAAAACUUUCAUCAAACUUGGUUUUACCGACUCAGACUUGUCUUCGGCUGAUUACCCGUUAUUCGGCUUCAAUGCUAACCUGGAGUAUCCUUUAGGAAAAAUUACAUUACCAGCAUGUUACUAUCUAGCUGCAAAGAGACCAAGAGAACUGGAAGUGCAUUCGAUUGAGGUACCAGAUAGGGAGAGCCUCGAAGCCAUUGGGUGGAUCCCAAGUGAAAAGGAAACCAAAGCCCUGCAUCGGGUCAAAAUUGACGAAAGUCCUGACAAGUUCUUCAUGAUCGGCGCUUCCUUGGAUUAA